AUGACCCUUGAGCAUGUAUUUCGCGGCGGUCAAGCUCCUGCUGCCUACAAGAGGUUCCGCGCCGCCUUGAUGCUGUCCGUCAGUUAUGAUUCAGUCCUCAAGACGUGCUUUGUACUUGAGGAUGGAACGGGACGAGGAGUCGGCUACAUCGUCGGUACUGUCGACACGAGAGCUUUCGCAGAGCAGUGGACGGAGCAGUUCAUAUCAGUCCUUGAGAAACAAGGCAUUCCCAGGCCAGACUCUGACACGAACACGAAUUGGAAUGAGAACCUGCCAGGUGCACUCGGACUUCUCGCCUACUCCCCGGACCAAGUCCUCCACGACAACUUUCAUGAGCUUCUUGGGCAGUAUCCAUCCCAUCUACACAUCGACAUCUUACCGAGGUAUCAGGGCCAGGGAAUGGGUGGUGUACUCAUGCAGACAUUUCUGGAAGCAUUGCGCAAGCUGAGCUCCAAAGGCGUGCAUCUUGGCAUGAAUGCUUCCAAUGAUAGAGCGAUGAAAUUCUACCAGCGCAUGGGCUUCCAAAGAUUUGCCGAAGUGAUGGACGAGGGCAAGAGCGGGGAGAUCGGCCGCGAUGGCACAACGAUCUACAUGGUCGCGUCGCUGUAG